UUUAAUCAUCAUCAUUUAGUUGACAAUGAAUUGGAUUUUCUGUUUAAGUUGUUAAACAAAACAAAAAAAAAGUGAAAAUCAUUAACGAUGGCUGAAGAAGAUCGAAAUAAAUUAUUCAAUGAAAUAAAAAAUUUUUCUCAACGUAAACUAAAAAAAGUUGAAACAAAAGUAACAACCGGUAGUGGUGAACAAUUAACUGAAAAACGUUCACCAAAAGGUUUACAACAAAUAAAAUCUGAAGGUAUCAAUUCGGUUGGUUAUGUUGUCGAUACUAAACCCGAUCUUCAGGUCGGUAUGAUCAUACCUGGAUUAUUCAUUUCAUCUCAAGAUGUUGCUCAAGAUAAAUCCUUAUUGGAUACAUAUGAAAUUACACACAUUCUUAAUUUAGCACCGGGAGUUCCUAAUGCAUUCGAAGAUGAUUAUAAUUAUAAAAAGAUUGAAAUAUUAGAUGUACCGGAAACGGAUAUCACUCAAUACUUUGAUGAUUGUAUUGAUUUUAUUCAAGAAGGCAUACAACGUGGUAAUUGUCUUGUACAUUGUAAUGCUGGUGUUUCCAGAUCAACGGCAAUAUGUUGUGCUUAUCUAAUGAAACAGAAUAAAAUGAAAUACAAAGAAACGUUGGCUGCUGUUCGUGAAGCAAGAGCUUUUGCCAAACCAAACGAUGGUUUUGCUAAACAAUUAGAACAAUAUGAAGAUAAAUUAUUCGGACAAAUGGCCGCACCCGAUUCAUCGGAAGAUAAAUUUAUGGCAAGAAAACGUGCCGAAAUUGAAGCUGAAAAAGCAGCCAUUUCGGGAACAUCUUCCGUAAAAAAUAAACUAGCACAAUUUGGUGCACAACUUGAAUCAGUUUACGCACAACGACUUGAAACUAUGAAACCAAUAAAAUUGCCUUUGAAAAAGAAAACUCCAGCGACACAACCACAAAAACAGCAACAGCCAAUAGUCAAGAAUAAUAAAAAAACGAAUGCAACUGAUACGCCUCUUCCUCCACCACCACCGCCACCGCCCUUACCUGAGCUUGGCAACCAAAUUGUUCCUCCACCUCCACCACCACCAAAUUCAUUACUGAAUAAAGGUCAAACAACAACGAACAAAAAAGCAAUCAACAAUAAAGUGUUGACAAAUGAAAAUAAGACAAAUAUUGUGAAACCUAAAGCCGAUUUAGCCAUAAACAAAAAGGAAUUAGCAGAUUCACCAAAACGGACAGCUAAAUCCGAUAUGGUCGAUGAGACACCAAUCAAAGUAGCAGCGCAGAAAAAAUUAUGGGAAUCGGCUCAUAAUAAGCAGCCCGAAAUUAAUAAUGUACAGAAUAAAAAACCAGUCAAAGUAAAGGCAGCACAACCGCAAGCUAUACAGCCCAUAGCUAAACCUUCUCCACCCGUUACUCAAUCUCAGCCACAACAACCAGAUAUAGCAGUUAAGGCUCCCAAUAAAGGUCCUGUUCGAUCAAACAAAUUAGGAACGUGGGAAAAAUGUCCAUCAUCUACACCUGUAUCAUCAACAGUUACUAAUUCGAAAGCUGAUAUUGCUUCUCCCGAACCAAAGAAAAAGAUAACUAUUAAAAAGAAAGAUGUCAAUAAUAAUAUAAUCAAUAAUAAUGAAUCCGGUCAACCACGACGAUCUACACGUGAUUUGUCUUCAACAAUCGAAUCUUCCGCAACCGAUUCAAACUCAUCCACUCCAUUUUCUUCACCGGGAACUCAACGUCGACAAAUGUAUUAUGGUCGUCGCACAUCUACGCAACCAAUCGCAUCCGAACAACAGCAGCCACAACAACAGCAACCUGUUGCUUCCCGCAAACCAACCUGGGGUUUACGUGAUCAAGUUGAUAAUCUAAUUGAAACGACACCAUCGUCAACGCCAACUAGAUGUCGUUCACCAGCUUUAGUUCCAACGCCUCGUGACUCUCAUAGUCCAUCACCGCAGCCGGCUGGAAUUGCAGGAUCCGGUAAAAAAGUUUUCGGUCGUGUUCCACCACGACGAACUAGUCUCAGUGGAAAUGGUGCUGUUGGACAGAAUAACUUAACGAACGAUUUUGUGCCGAUUUCACCACCACCACCACCGAUUAUGGUUUCUGAUGAUUCUAUUGCACAUAAUAAUAAUAAUGAACAUAAUGUUGAUCGAUUUCUUCAUAAGCCACUAUCGAUGAUGAUUGAUCGUAUUAAUUUUAGCCGUUCACCAUCACCAAUCAACUCGACAAACAAAACGAACAUGCAUGUCGAUCAUUUGCCUGUGAAUUAUACUCAUCAACAUGGAAAUCAUUUGCAACAACCGUACUUUGAUCGUUCGACAUCAUUAUCAGCAGGACAUCUGGAUCAUAAUUCAUAUUCAUCACAAAAUAAUUUUGUUCAACAACCAGGCUUUUAUCCUAAGCGAUCAUCAUCUUCGUCUUUGUUACCACCACAAUCGAAACCGGAAUUUCAACCUCAAAAUCGGAAGUUUAUAUCUUGGAUUGCAUCCUCCCCACAAAAACAACCCGAAAAUCACUCUUAUGUUCAACAACCCCAGAUUCACAGUUCAACAACAAAAACUUUGUCAGAACAACAACAACAAGCUCGAGAUUUUAUUCAACAACAAUUAGAAGCUCCUAUGAAUUUUGCACCUUUAAUUCGACGACAUACAACCAACGAUCGAAUCUGGGCUAAUCGUAAUAAAAGUUCAACAUUACCUCAACAACAACCUAUUCAUACACCUAUCCCAACUACUCAAAAAAUAAUGAAUGGAUGCCAGCCUGUUGACCAACGAUCAGCGACAAAUGUUCCAUUUGAUUCGAAUCAACGCGAUCGAUUAGCUCAUUCAAUGUUUCUUCAACAAAUUGAACCAUCAUUUGGACGACAAGCAAUCACACCACCUCCUGGUCGUAUGUUCAACUAUAACGAGCGAUCACAAACAGCGAUUGGUAAUGGUCGUCCAAUAUCGCCAAAUAUUCUUAUGCGAUCAUCUUUACCGAAAAUCACAGAAAAUAAUGAUUCGAUGAAUGUUUCAUCAUCACCUUGGAGAUUAGUGUCUGAUAAGUCGACCAACCAACCAAUGAAUUAUUAUUCAAAUACAAAUCUUUAUAAUUCAAAUAAUCAACAAAUGCAACCAAAAAAAUUAGUCGUUAUACAACGCUCGCCAGAAUCACAUGAAAAUAUUUGCUUUGCCACUGAUUAUUGACACCAUUCGAAUACAAAUUCUGCCAAAAUUUUUUCUUUUUUGCUUUUAUUAUUGCA